AUGUCUAAUAAUAGUAAGUUAACUGUAACUAGUCAGAAUAGUCCUAUUUCAAAUCCCAUAAGAACUAAUAAUAAUAUUUAUAAUGAAAAUAAUAGCUCGAACGCAUUAAAUCCAAUUAGAUCUACGGCAACAUUGAACAGUAAUAAUACAUUGAACUAUUCUACAAAUCAGGACAAUAAUAAUUCCAGGACAAGGGCAAAUACAUGGAAUACUAUAACAAGUACUACAUCAUCCAUUAAUUCAUCAAUUUCAAAUGGUAAUACAAAUAAUCUUACUCAUUCAAUAACGAAUAAUUCUACAAAAAGAAAUCGGAAAAAUUUAGUACUUUCAACAUCGUUUAUAUCAACUUCAAAAAGAGGUGGUGGAGGCCCUGAAAGUGCAAAUAAUAUUAAUAAUAAUUUAGAUCUUAUAUCUCCAUUAAGCCCACAUCAACUCCCUGUUAAUAGAAAAUCAAAAUUUAAUAUAACAGCUUCUACUGCAAAUCCUACAAGAACACUUUGGAACAUUAAACUUCAAUUGGAUCAACAAAACCAAGAACUAAUAGAUCUUAAAAGGAAAAAAGACGAAUUUGAAAAAAUAAAAGAGUCCACAUCUUCAAAUAUAUAUUCAGGGACUUAUUCAACUCAUCAUCUAGAAAAUCAUAAUCUUAGGAUAAAAGCAAAUACACAAAUUAGAGAAUUUGAUAAUUCAAUCAAGAAAAUUGAAAAAAAUAUUACUGAUUUGAAAUCUCAAUACGAUAUAGUGACUAAAAAUAAUCCUUCACUUUUAAAUAUAAAUUUAGAUGAACUUUCAACCAACAAUAAUAAUAAUGAUCAAUUAGAUAAUACCUAUACAAAUGCAAACCAAGAUUUAAACUACAAAUCAUUAUCAGAUUUAAAUACACCUCUUUUAUCAACAGCUACUACAUUACCAUUAAUAACAAAUUCUCCAUUUUAUAAAUCUCCUUCAGAUGCAGAUUCUUUAAACUUCAAUCAAUUAGACAGUAUGGAUGACACAAUUACUAAUAUCACAAAUAAUAUUAACAAUGUAACAAAUAAUAAUAACAAUGUAACAAAUACUUAUAUAUCAUCUAGGUAUAGAAAUAACACAUUGAAUUCAAUUGAAUUCAACUCUAAUCAUUCAAAUGACACAGUGAACAAUAUUAUACCUGAUGUUUCAAAUAAAGAUACUGCUACUUGGCUUAUUAGUACUUAUAUGCAUACAUUACAAGAUCCCUCAAUUUCAAAUAAGUUAUUCUUAGAAAAAGCUAAUAACUUCGUUAAAGCUUUAAAGGAAAAUCCAGAAAUUAAAAAUGAACUAAUAGUGAAUUCAUUUUUAGAUACCAUGCAAUCAUUAUUAUUAAAAAAAGAUGAUAAAUUCAUUACAGCUGCAAUAUAUAGAAUUUGCAGAUACUUAAUUACAUCAAAUGAAUUGAUUCAAUUAUUAAUUAAGUUAAGAUUCGAUAUUUUUAUCAUUAUUUCAUUAUCAAAGGAGAAUUCGUAUCAAGUAGAAAGAGAACAAGCUAUUAAGUUAUUACGAGUAUUUAUUAGCCACAAUAUUGGAAUCAAUAAUUCAAUAGUUCAAUCUAUUAUUGCUUGUAUAGAAAGAAAUGAUGAUACACUUCGAAAUAUUGCUAUUGAAACUUUAUUAGAAUUAUGCUUCAUUAAUCCAGAAUUUAUUAGAAAAUGUCAUGGUAUGAGAAUUUUUGAAAACCUUUUACAAGAAAACAAUUCAAUUUCCUUAGCAUGCAUCAUAUUAGACACUAUUUUAGAACUUCUGUCAACUGAUAGGACUAGAAGAUAUUUUCUCAAAGAAUUUAACAUUUCUAUUUUAUCAACUUUAUUUUCCGAUUCAAAUAAUAAUUCUACAUCAACAAUCGAUAAUUUGCAUAAUGCCUCGAUCUUAAUUUCGAAAGCACUAAAAAGUUAUGUGGGGUGCAUGCUUUAUUCUAUGGAUGAUUGCAAAGCGUUGCGUGAAGUAUUAUCAUUUUUCGAUGUACCUAAUUGUGCACAUUUCUUAAUUGAUAUAUUUUUAGAUGUAUUACGAAUUAAACCAUUACAUUAUUCUAAAAGAGGGAGAAGUCAAGAAAAAAUAUUUAAACCUGUUCCAUCUGCGAUUCAUAAACAGCCAUUACCAAUUAUUCAAAACGUGGCUUUGAUUAUUUUAAUACUACAUAAUUGUAAUUUUGAAGAAAGGUUAUUAACAAGUAUUAAUAAUAAAGAUGAAAAAUAUCAUGAUAAAAAUUCAGUAUUAAUUGCAAAAGCCAGAUAUCUUUUGAAUGAAUAUUCUCAAUUAGCAAUGAAUUUGAUUGAUUUAAAAUUAGAUUCCUUCCAAAUAUAUGAAAUAGAUAAAUCAGUCACCUUAUUUGAAGGGACUUAUCAAUUUUCCAAAACGUCAUAUUUAAUAAACAAAGGUAGAAAUACUUUGGGAUUAGAAGAUAUAAGCUACAAAAAUAACUUAAAGCAAUAUUCAUUACAAACAAAAUCAAACAACUUAAUUCAUUCUAUCGAUGAAAUGAAAUUCCGUAGAAUGCUAUUUGAUUCAAAAGUUUUACAAACAAAAGAUUAUUCGUUAUGGAACUGGAAUGUAAUCCAAGAACUUCUGGAAGGCCCCUUAACGAACGCUCAUCUCUUAGAAGAAGUUGUUAAAUCCACGAAAUUUAUAAGAAGAUUACUAGUCUUCUAUAGACCUUUAAGAUUACGAUUUUCCAGUGUCAGCAAAAGAGCAAAACUUGCUCAAAAGUAUAUUCAAGUUGGUUGUAAAUUUUUUCAUAUGCUAACUUCAAAUAUUGAAGGUAGGAAAAUUUUAAUGGAUGAUAAUAAAAUUAUUCCACAAUUGGCAUCAUUAUUAUUUAAAGCAAUGGAGGGGCAUACAAAAGGAAAUUUAUUUAAUAGUGCAUCUUUGAAAACUAAAAUUAUAGGUGGUUAUUUCAAAUUCGUAGGUGUUCUAACUCAAUCAAAUUCUGGCUGUCAAGUUUUGGCCAAAUGGAGAUUUUUCACAAUUAUUUAUAAAAUGUUUGAAUUAAAAACUAAUAUGUCUGGUAAAUUUCUAAUGUUAACUAUACCAGAAUUAGAUUUAGGUCAUUCCUCACACUGUAGAACAAUUAUUGGUAAAGCAUUAGUGAAUCCCCAUGAGAAUAUCAGAUUAAAGGCAACUGAACACAUUGGGAAUGAAUUACGAAAGUUAUCCAAAGAAAAUAAUGAAAAUGUUUCAAAUGGGAAGAGAAUAGUAAAGGACCAUAAUCAAACAAGUUUAAUCAAUUAUAUCAUGGAGAUGCUUACAAGACAAUUGUAUGAUUUAAAUCCACGAGUCGUUGCUUUAGCUGACCAAGCUUUAUAUGAAAAUGCUAUAUCUGAAACUGAACCUGAAAACUUAAUAUCCUGGCUACGAACCUCAUUAAGUCAAAUGGUAUUUAUCAGAUCUCCUAUAUUAUUUGAGCUUUUAAGCACAUCAUAUGGGUUUCAGUUAUUAGAUGAAGUUGACUUUAUCGAAAGCGAAAGAAUAUCAUGGAUUAAAAGAAAAAAUGAAGAAUAUGUAAAUAUUAUUGAAGACUUUUUAAAUGGCUCUCGUAAUGACCGUAGUAAUAAAUUUGAAAGAUCAAAUAGAUUACCACUUCAUCUGUAUGAAAGUUUAGCACAGACAGAAGAAGGAAUUAGUUUGAUUACAUCUUGUGGUGAUCUAAUAAGAUUUAUGAAUGUUGUUAAGAAAUAUGUUCAAGAAGGCUCAUCAAAUGAGAAUCCACGAUGGAUUGUUCAAGUCAAGGCUGCAUUAUGGUGUUGUGGUUUCAUCGGAUCUACAGAAUUGGGUAUUGGUUUAUUGGACAAUUAUUCUAUCGUGGAAGACAUAAUACAAGUAGCUUAUACUGCUACUGUAAUAAGUGUUAGAUUUACAGCUUUCCAUGCCUUAGGAUUAAUUGGUAAAAUAAAAGAAGGUUGCGAAAUAUUAGAUGAAAUGAACUGGGAUUGUACUUUAGACGUGUACUCCAAGCCUCUAAGCAUUGCAUUACCAAAAAGAUUUGACAAAUUUUUAUCUUUCAAUGAGUCUCAAUGGUCAAAUUAUAACCCUUAUAGUAAUAAUGUCAUAGAAUUCGAUAAGAGAUAUGGUAAUGUUAUUGAUGAUGCACAACCUAUCAAAGUCGACUUAGACCAUCUUUUAUUUGAAAAGAACAUGCUAGAAAAUCCUUGGAGUGGUCCAAAUGUAGAUUAUCUUUUACCCCACGAAUCAUCAAUUUUAAAUUUUCAAAAAAUAGACUUAGAAAGUAAACCUACCAAUAUAUAUUCUAGAAGAAGAUCUAUUCAACCAUAUUCCAGCACUACAAGCAGAAGUGAAAGCAGAUCAAUUUUGAGUAAUGUAACAGAUGAAAAACUAAAUAAAAAGGAUUCUAAAGGUAUCAUUGCUCUUAAUAGUAGUGAUGAAAAAACUAGUGAAGAUAAAAUCAUUGAAAAAGUAGCUACCAUAGUAUGCGAAUUAGGUAAUCAUAUUAUAGCUAACAAUGCUAUUAAGGAUAUCACAGAAAUAAACAAUAGGUAUGGACCUAAAUUAUUUGAAAAUUCAAAGAUGUUUUUCAAAGUCUUAGACCUGAUGUCCAAAUAUCGAUUUAGACCUCAUGUUCGUAAAUUUUUAUUUGGCCUUUUUGUAAAUAAGAAAGCAUUAGAAAAUGUUAUCAAAGAGGAUAAAAUAUUAAUAGAAAAACAGAAGGAUAAAGAAAAAGAAAAGAAGAAGAAUGUUGAAGAGAAAGAGAGAUUAUCUAUUGAAAAUGAAUCACCUGCCAAAGAUGAUAAAAAGGAAGACAAGACAAAAGCUAAGGACUUAAUCGAUGAAACAAUUCAAAUCACUUCUGAACUUCAAGCCAAUGAAGAUUCACAAGAUAGUCAUGACAGCUAG